GGUGUGCAAGUAGAAGUAUCCUAAACAAAUUGGGCUACAUCUGUCAAAAUCUCCAGAUAUGUUAUAAAGACAAAAAAAUGUUUUAGACUGCUACAGCAGCCUGUGGAAAGAAAACAUCCGUGAAUUGCAAUUAUGUAAAGGCAAAGACUGAAGAUUAAGUUAUCAGAGGAUGAAUUCUGGUUUGAAGAAGAGGAGCUGCCAAGUGUGACAAUGCCAGAAACAAAUGAAGAAAAUGAAGUUUGGGCAUGUAAAUGUGGUGAUGGCAGGAAGGUGAAGCUAUGUGCUCAGAAACUGGUCGAAUAUUCCGGGUAUUUUUGUGCUCUGAUGCACAGCCAAAUGCGAGAAACAAGGGAGAAAACUCUAGAUCUACGACUAUUCACAUCAGAUACUAUCAAGCUUCUCAUAAAAAUGUUCCGUUACAAAGAUAACAAAUUAUGUGAUAAUGAAAUAGAAGACAUAUUUAAAGAAAGUCUUGAGUUGGAAAUAGUGGAAGAUGUUUUAAAAGCAGCAGAUUAUCUGGAUAUGCCGUGUAUAUAUCCAAGAUGCUGUGACUUGCUAAUUAUUUUGUUGCCGCCAUUUUGUGAGGAGAUAGACCGCCUGUGGAAAAUGUGGACAAUUUGUCAGACAUAUGGCUUGGAAUCUGUUGAGGAGGCAAUGAAUAAACAAAUUGCACUAAAUAUAAAGGCCAUAGAAAGCACAGACUACUUUUUCUUACGGGAGGUCCCGGCAGACGUUCUAGCAGGUGUUCUUGCUGUACCAAACAUAGAUAUUAGUUCAGAAGUUGGUGUUAUGAAACUGAUUUCUGAAUGGAUUCUUUACGCCAAGGAGGAAAGAUUGAAGUGGUUUGAUAAUCUAUUCAACUGUAUUCAUAUUCCAUCACUUAUUCAUUCUGAUUUGACGGAGAUUGACAAUAUAGUAAAAGAAUUAGGUUUGACUGAUGUCGAUGUUUGGAAAACGUUCUCUAAUUAUGUUUCAAAUCCUCACAGGUUUUUUAUUUUACGUCAAGAUCUUAGUCAAAUACGUAAUGGAAGAGAAGUUUUGAUGAUGUUUGGGGGCGUGUAUGCACAGUCUCUGUUGCCACAUAAUCAGCAAAUUGGUAACCAGUCGGAGCGAAGACUGCGCUAUGUUCCCAUUAUGUAUCAAGAUCUGGAUGAAGUUUGUCGACAGUGUUUAGACAGUCGUGUUGAGCAAUAUGUUAAAAGGCCAGCAUCAAAUAUCAGUCCAAGGUCAAGGAAUCUUCCUUCUGUAGACGGUGGCUUGGUUUUUAAAACUAUGAAUAGAUUGAAAUCUCCUGUGCGGUUGAUAGAAUUUUGCAUCUGUUUAUACGAAAACUUUGUCUAUAUUGCUGGCGGACAGAGAAGUCACAAUGAAGACGCAAAGUUUGCUGUGAUGGGGGCAUACAGAAUGGAUCCCCAUAUUGGUGAAUGGGGUGAAAUAGCACAUAUGAAAGAAGCUAGAUGUUUAUUCACUUUGGGCAGUGUGUGGGGACGGCUGUAUGCUGUAGGUGGUGCUAACCAAUUUGGUAUUCUCAGGUGUACAGAAUACUAUAUACCAGAGGAAGACAAGUGGUAUGAAGGGCCUCAGCUGCACACUCAGCUUCACGAGCAUGCAUGCUGCAUAUUCAGAGAAAAGAUGUAUAUCUCGGGUGGACAUGAUGAUGCAGAACACACUAACAGAGUCUGGGUUCUUGAAAGUAAAGUAGGGACAUGGAAACCAGUUGCACCAUUGCUUCAGCCAAGAUCGUAUCAUGCCAUGGUAGCCAUGGAUGAUAAAAUGUAUGUGAUAGGUGGAUGCAGAAAAGUUGGCUCUGAAAUCCGAGAUUUACAUAGUGUAGAGGAAUAUGACCUUGCCUCUGAUACCUGGACACACCUGCUGACCUUAAAUGUACCAAUCAGUAGCACUCUUCCUGUUGUCAUUGGCAACGAGAUACUCUUCAUUGGAGGUUACAGUUUUGAUAGUAAAGAAUACCUUCAGCAGACAGUAUCACUCAAUCUGAAGAAAAGGCAGUGGAAAUUUUCUUCAUUAGUAAGCAGUACGUCAAAAAAAGUGGUUGGAUAUUUAUGUCUUAGAUUGAAAGUGAAGCAGAGAAUUUUGAGGUGACAUUUUAUUUUAGGACAUGAAGUUGAUGUAAGAGUGUAAGAUUUUUCAAAUGAUGGGAAUAUCUAGCUUGAACUUAAAAUGUUCAGGCAGUAACAAGGCUUAGUUGUAUAUAUGUACAUAUAAAUACCUUUGUGUUGUGAUACUAUAAAUGAAAUACUUGCCUAAAUGUGCAAUAUGUUUAAAUGUAUAUGUUUCAAUGCUGGUCAUAGCAGUUUUUGGCAUGCAUUUUUUUUUUUCAUAAAAAGGGAAAUUGAAUUUCCAACAUACUAUAUAUUUUAUAUUA